AUGUCGAGACCUGCGAGACCGCAAUUAACAUUAUCGGCACCGAAUAAUUUACAUGUAUUAGAUAUGGGCCUUGACUUUCGAUCCUAUUUGUCACGCGUGGAUGAGAAUGGUGUCCCGAUUCUUGGAAAUGUUAUAACAUAUCCUCCUUCGAAAGUAGCUGAUGUGUUUAAACCAACUGUGGGCCUUUUAGUUACCGUGCUACAUCUUUUUGCUCAAAGUGUAACGUCUGCUUCAGCAUUUGCUUGGAUUAAGGCAUAUGAUACCCUACUAAAAGGUUUAAUAGAGCGUAAUGUAGGUGGAUCAGAUACCGUUAAAUAUGCUAAGGAGUCUCGGAAGGUACUUUCUGAGCAUCUUUUUAAUAUUUUAAACAAAAAUGACCGCACUUGCCUAACCGAGCUCAUUUCUCUUCUUGAUUGCCAAAGUCGGUUGAGAGGCCCUCAAUUACCUUCCCAGAGGAAAGUCCCGCGUGAACCUAAAGGUGCCUUUUGCAACUUGCAUUUAGCGGAUCAUAGAUGCUAUCAGGAUUUCGACUGUAAUCAGUUUCAUUUGCAAGAAGCGGGACCUGUUCGACACCGUUUGAACUUUUUUCAACGACUAGCGAAAAUAUUAAUUAAGGAGAAGCGCACGAAGGAGGAAAUUAUUAAAAGAAUAAAGGACUCUAUUUUUUUUGCACGUUAUGGAAAUAAAGUGACGGUUCGUUGUUAUAACACUUGGAUACCGUUUUUUAAAACUAUAUACACAGACGGUCGUCUUGAACAGGCUUUUCGUCUUCAGAAUUAUUCUUGUAACGACAAGUUUUGCACUAAUGAGCAUUGCAAAGGAAUCCACAUUCAAGAUUGCCGUAUUCAAAUUUUGAUGAAGCCAAUGGAUUUGCAUAAACCUCAUCAAAUUUCUGCUGAACUGGAUGAGGAGGCGGAACAAAUUUUGAAUACUGUGGAGAACUUUGAAGCACCAAUUGAGCCUGUGGACCCUUUGGCUACAUCAUCAAAUUAUGUUUUAUCGCCCACAGCGGAGCUGUGGCGCGAUACAGUUCGUGAUUAUGUUCGUGAGUCAGGAAUUUCUCAAAUUGAAGCCGAUGAAUCCCUCCUCCAGACGUUAAAAGACGUUAAAGCUGGUGGGACACCAAUAUCAGUAAUUUCUGAGCGUAUGACACCUCUUCUUGAUAGACUUGAGACGUACGCAUUUGACUCGAGCUUUUCUUCAUUGAGCAGCGAACAUCCUUCUUGA